UCGGGCGGCCGCGGCGCGAUGGAGGCGCCCGCCGAGCUGCUGGCCGCGCUGCCCGUGCUGGCCACGGCGCUGGCGCUGCUGCUCGCCUGGCUGCUGGUGCGGCGCGGGGCGGCCGCGAGCCCAGAGCCCGUGACCCCGGCCAAGGCCCCCGGGACCUCCGCACCACCUUGCGCCCCAGAGCCGGCGGCCGCGCCGGAGGGCCCGGGGGAGCUCGAGGGGCCGGGGGAGCGAGAGGCGGCGCCGGCGGAGGCGGAGGAGCAGGCCGCCGAGGCCAAGCAGGAGGAAGAGGAACCAGAGCAGGAGGAGGAUGGCCGGGAGAGCCCACCCCAAGCAGGGCCUGAGGAAGAGGAGGGGGGAGAGGUCUUCUCCUUUAAAUACAGCCCUGGGAAGCUGCGGGGAAACCAGUACAAGAAGAUGAUGACCAAAGAGGAGCUGGAGGAGGAGCAGAGGAUUGAGCUGACCUCUGACCUCACUUCCCUGUAGCAAGUUCCUUAGGUCCUGAGCCACACAUAUUCUUGCAAAUCCUUUUGAACCGAAGAAUAAUGAAGUUAUCCUUAGCCUCCUGCUAAAGGCUUUUCCUUUUGGCAUCUAAAAAGCUUGAGAGAUAAAAUGGAAAUCCCCAGAGCAGAGCCAUACAGGCUCUGGCCAGCAUAAAUCCGCGGGGACCCAGACCCUCCGUCACGACCUGCCCCUUGGCGGGGAGGGUGCUGGGAGUGCCUUGGCCCCCCCACCCCAGGGUAGAGGUGUUCCUCCCAGUUGGUGUGGAUUGCUUGGUUAAGCCAGGGUUUUGUAGACUUUGGUCUUUCUUAUCGCUGAACCCUGCUCUCCCCUCACCCUUCACAUCUGUGAUGUCCCCAGUGACAGACACCUUGUCAUUGCAAAACCAUUGUAGCUUCCUUCCAGUGCCUCCCCCUACCCUCUACUGGCCUUCUCCUUCACUGGAGCCAAAACGAGAAAGACUCUGAGGCAUUCCAGACAGCUGAGGCCAAGCUCCUUCGCUCUUAGCCGGCUCUGGGGUGGCUGACUGUCCUCCUUUCUCUGGGGGCCCACUUCCCUCUUUCUGGCUGGCUGGCUCGGUGGCAGGGGGCGAGGGAUGCCAUGUUGAUGGUCCCAGAGCAGGGAACAAGUGCCAGCCCCAUAUCUGUGUUGCCCUUAGUCUCUGCAAUCCGGUCGUCUUGGGGCUCAGGGGCCUUUUCCCUGAUGCUCUUACCAGCUCAGCCGAAUCUCCACCUUCCCUUCGGCAGAAGCAGUAGGAAGAGUGAGCUUGAAGUAGAUUUCUGGACUGUGCCGUUCCCUAGAAGGUGUCCUAGACAGAUCAGAAUUUCACCAGAUAGUGAGAGCAGUCCCAGAUCCGUUUCUUGGAGUUUUAUACUGGACAGUAUUUAUACUGUAUGAGACUAAUUGGCAGUUUUUAGAUGUGUUGGUUAAAACAUUUUUUUUUUUAAGCAGUAAGUUUAUAGAGAAAUUUUUUGCCAUUUAAUGGAAGGCCAGGAUGCCUACCCCUGGGGCAUGUUACAUUCCCAGUGACCUCCUCCUCUGGGCCUAAAAGCUUAGGUUUGGGGGCGGAGAGCAGACCAGGCAAUAGUGGGUAAGCCACGCUGAGCCACGGAACGAGGAGAUGUAUGCUUGGUGGCACAUAGGUCCCCACACAGCAGUAAGAACGGCCCUGCCCAGGCUGGGAUCUUACGGAUCCAGUAAGUAGGUGACUCCCUCCAGGUUAGUUAUCUAACUAGUUAGUUGUCUCUUCCUGCAGGGCCUUGUAGGAACCAGGCCUUACUCCUGAUAGCUUGGAUCUGUGUAUUCGGCCUUUGUUCAGCCCAAUAAACUUGGAGUAGAUGAUCUC